CAGGCCGUAUUUUCUGAAUCCUCUUUCUGGGGCUGGUAAGCUGCGGGCAAUCUUUGACUUGAGGCAUACUCGAAGGCUAUUUGAGGAUAUACGGGCUUGCCUUGACCUUGUUGUUGAGUUUAAUUGGCGGUGUAGCCAUUAUGCUGAUGUGAGCUUUGAGCAGGCAGUGUAACACAAUACGGGUCAUCGCGGAAGAUGACGAAUUUCGCUCUUUGGAUCAAGACCGGAAGCCCGUUCAUUUGUUCUUUACUACUACAGCAUGGAGAACGCUGUAAAUGAUUCUUCUGGACACUGAAUGAACGUCCAUGACGUCCGCAAAUUCCUCAUCGCCAGAGGCGAUACAGCGUCUCCUUGAUGGCCCAGCAUUAACUCCUCCAGCUGGGGUAGAGCCCGAUUUUGAGAACCCCGGCGGUUUCAAAGGAACGAUAGUUGGUUUUGAGGUUUUGUUCAUGGUGAUUUCGAGUCUUGCGAUGAUCGUACGGCUGUACACCAGACUUAGAAUCUAUAAAAAAGUCAAGUUGGAUGAUUGUAUGCUCAUCUCCGCUCCAUAUUUCAGUAGAAAGUCCUAAUUCUAGUAGAUCUCGCAGUACUAGGUUGGGUUCGUAAACAGUCUUUAACUGUAAAGUCACGGUGCUUACAAUUUCGAUCAGUUCGGAUAUUUGUGGCUUCUAAUUACAUCUGUGAGAGGUCUGAAUGAGUCCUCCGGGAUACAUCAAUGGAAUGUCCAGGCAAAGAAAAUGGAAGGCUUUCUAUAUGUACGUUUAUUCCCACGCCCAUAAUUUCAGUCUUCGCUAUGCUCAUUAAUGUCAGCAUCUACACAUAAUCGUGAUAAUGUACGGAAUCGAUAUGUUCACAAUCAAGUUCUCCAUUCUUCUACAAUACGUCGCCUUGUUCUCUCCUUCCAGAAGAGAUACCUUCUUUUGGAGCUGUUACUUUUUGAUUGGCCUCAAUUUCGUCACCUAUACUACGUUCGUGAUUUUGGAAAUCAUCACUUGUCAGACGACGUUAUAUACACGCUCGCAAAGGAGUAGAUGCAUGGACUUCCGAACUGUCAACCUUGCUACAGUCGCUGUCAAUACUGCGUCUCACAUAGCCAUACUAUUACUCCCACAAGCAAUAAUCUGGAGGUUACGGUUGACCUUCAGUAAGCGUCUUGGUAUCUCACUUGUCUUCGCUGUGGCUUUACUGUAAGUCCUCUCCAUAUCUAUUGGUCAAAACCCAAAUGCUCAUCUGAAGAAAGUGCCUGCGUAGCAUCGGUGGUUAGGCUGUAUUAUGCCAUCACUCAAGAGAAGUCCAGCGAUAUCACAUGGUAUGUUGGGUUGAAUAUUGUUUUGAUAUACCCGGAGAUUGGGUUCGCAAUCAUUACCAGCUGUCUUCCGUCGUUUCCCAAAUUCUUCCGUACGAUCUUCAAACCUCCCAGUCCACCAGUGGUAGCCUCGAAGUACUUCUUCCCGACACAUGAGAGGAGCCUUGGACGACAAGGCACACCAUUGGAUAGUGUUGAUCGAUUGGCGGCUGGUAUUGAGAUGCAAACUCCUUCUAGUGUCAGGAAGGGCGAAACCAUGUUUGGGGAAGCUGAUUUUGUGGAGCGGUCGGACUCUAGGAGGUGACAUGAGCGUAUAGGCUGUAUUUGAGGUGGGUUAGAAAAAGAUACUUGAUCGAUUUGAGUAACGAGGGCAUGAAAGCCUCUAUCGUUACAGUGGAAAUAAGCGAGUGCACAAGGCUAGACGGUUGUCUGAAGUACUAGUCGGAGGAGGCUCUUUUAUCCCUCAAUUUAGGCAAAGGCAUUUUUGACCCAUUCUUACACUGUUCCAAUAAUUGUUACGAUGUAAUAGAUAACCUGUGUCAC